AUGGACAAUUCUGAAGAUGAUUUCUCAUUAAACUAUGAAAACUCUGAAGAUGAUCAUAAAAGUUGCAAUUAAAUGGAGAGAGUUAAGUCAAGCAGCAGAGUAAAUUUUUCAAAACUCAGAGAUUAGAAAAUUAAGAAAAUAGUUGAGAUCUACAAAAACAAAGGCCAUAAAAAAAUAACAAGAUUAUAAUUUCCCAUCUCUCAGCAAAUUCGGAAAAGUUCUCGAAAAAUCAAAGAACCUAAAACUCAGAGAAGCUGA